CACAAGUAAGGCAGUAGCAGUUGAAUGAACACACAAGAUACUGAUGUGGAAGAGUCGGAGAGAGAAGGGGAGCAAUUGAUGAGGAAUUAGAAAGGCUGGGAGCAGGUCGAUUACGAAGCGAGUUAGUCCCAGGGAGCCUCGUCGGCAUUUCAUUUCUGCCGCCGCGUCCUCAUUCACCGGCGCUUGAAUCAGAAGACGAGCGGAGAAGUGCGGAGGGCGAAAAGGAAGGGAAGUGAUCGCAAUUGAGAUACCUCUUUCUGCUCCUCUUCAUCAAGGUUCGCUUCAAGAAUUUUGAAGUUGAAGAAUGAUGGGCGAAGAUCUUGGAGUGGUAGCGAAGGAGGCUGCUGUUCGUGAGGUUGCCAAGUUGUCACCGCCUCUGCCAGAGCUAUUGCAUUCGAUUUCCUCGAUCAAAGCUGAAUAUCUUUCAUGGCAACUGGAAAAUGAUGCUCAGCUUAGUACAAUGGUGGUAGAAGAGCAGGUUGAACAAGCACAAGCUGGGCUAGCGUCACUUUCCACAUCUCAGAUGGCGAUAAACCAGCUUUGUGAGAACUUUAUCAGCAUUGAGAGGCUUUGUCAAGAGUGUCACACCUUAAUUGAUUACCACGAUAAGAUGCAGCUCCUUAGCAACGCAAGGAAUAACCUAAACACGACUUUGAAGGAUAUUGAGGGUAUGAUGUCUAUAUCUGUUGAAGCAAAAGCAGCACGAGAUUCAUUGAGUGAUGAUAGCGAUCUUCUCAGUACUUAUGAGAGGCUAACAGCUCUUGAUGGGAAGCGAAGGUUUGCAUUAGCAGCCGUGGGAUCUCAUACAAACGAUGUUGGAAAAUUAAGGGAAUAUUUUGAAGACGUUGACCAGACUCGGGAAACCUUUGAGAAGACAUUGUGGGCCCAUGUAACCAACUACUAUAAGCUUGCAAAAGAAAGCCCAAAAACUUUGGUUCGUGCUUUGAGGGUUGUCGAAAUGCAAGAGAUCCUGGAUCAACAAAUUGCGGAGGAGGCAGCUGAGGCCGAGCAAGCUGAUGCAAUGAUGAAAGUCACUAAUCCUCAUCGAUUUGUGAAAAAAUCUAUGGGUGCAAAAGCUUUUGGAAAAAACGUGGCACGGCGGAAUUUAAGAGUUCAAAUAAAAGGUUAUAGGGACAAAUGCUAUGAGGCGAUAAGAAAAGCGGUGGAGGGGCGGUUCAACAAGCUGCUGACAGAGCUAGUGUUUCGAGAUCUUAAAGGUGCUUUGGAAGAAGCUCGAAUGAUUGGAGAAGAGCUUGGAGAAAUUUACGACUUUGUGGCCCCAUGUUUUCCUCCAAGAUAUCAAAUAUUCCAGCUCAUGGUCAAUCUGUACACUGAGAGAUUUAUACAGAUGCUCAGAUUGCUGAGUGAUAGAGCCAGUAAACUUACAAAUAUAGAGAUUUUGAAGGUUACAAGUUGGGUGGUCGAAUAUCAAGAUAAUCUGAUGGGACUCGGUGUUGAUGAAACCUUGGCACAAGUAUGUUCAGAGAGUGGUGCUAUGGACCCCCUCAUGAAUUCUUAUGUUGAACGAAUGCAAGCUACGACAAAGAAAUGGUACUUAAAUAUACUAGAAGCUGACAAGGUACAGCCGCCAAAGAGAAUGAAGGACGGAAAGUUGUACACUCCAGCUCCCGUUGAGUUGUUCAGGGUUCUUGUGGAGCAAGUUCAAAAUGUUAGGGACAACAGCACUGAUGUCAUGCUUUAUAGAAUUUCUUUGGCUAUUAUUCAGGCAAGUGUGAUGAUUGAUUUUCAAGCAGCCGAAAAGAAAAGGCUCCAAGAACCAGCUUCUGAAAUUGGUUUCGAACCUUUGUGUGCAAUGAUUAAUAACAAUCUACAUUGCUACGACCUUGCAAUGGAGCUCAGUACAAACAUAGGUGAAGCACUUCCGCAGAAUUAUGCUGUACAGGUUAGCUUUGAAGAUGCUUACAAAGGCUUCUUGGAAGUUGCAAAGGAUACAGUGCAUCAAACAGUUAAGGUUAUCUUUGAAGAGCCAGAGGUUGAAGAGUUGCUUGUCAAGCUUUAUCAGAAUGAGUGGUUGGAAGAACAGGUCUCUGAAUACCUGGUUGAAACAUUUGAUGAUUAUUUCAAAGAUGUGAAAAUGUACAUUGAUGAAAGAUCUUUUCGAAGAUUUAUGGAGGCUUUUCUGAAGGAGACAGUGGUGGUUUAUGUUGAUCAUUUUAUGACACAGAAAAACUACAUAAACGAAGACACCAUAGAGAGGAUGAGGCUUGACGAAGAGGCUAUAAUGGACCUCUUCCACAAGUACAUCAGCGCCUUUAAAGUGGAAAACAGAAUCCGGAUAAUGAGUGACUUGCGAGAACUUGCUUCAGCAGAGAGUUUAGAUGCGUUUACACUUGUCUACACAAGAAUUCUGGAACAUCAACCAGACUGCCCGCCUGAUGUAGUCGAGAAGAUCAUUGGCUUGCGAGAGGGGAUACCCCGGGAGGAUGCCAAAGAGGUGGUACAAGAAUGCAAAGAGAUAUAUGAGAGCUCGCUUGUGCGUGGUAACCCACCAAAGAAGGGGUUUGUCUUCUCAAGGGUGAAAUCUUUAUCUGCUUCCAAAAGGUAUAUCUGACAAAAGCACUUGAAGUGUCGAACGACUUUGGGCCAGGAAAAUGUAUCGCUCUGAACGAUUCUUGAAGCAGAAAAGAAGUAGUGUUGCUUGUGUCUGAUGUUCUAUUUUCUGUGUCUUAGGCUUGUAGUUAUGUAGGCUAUCGGUGGUAAUUUGAUCUUUUGUUAUCCCUUCUUCCCCUAAACUGGAUUUAACCCGAUUUGUUAUCAUUGGUACUUUUCCGGAACAAGCAGACACGUUAGCUAGCGAUCUAGUUUCGUUUCUAAAUGUGAUGGCAUAUGUUCAUGCUUUUGCUCGUCUGAUGCUCUGGUCAAAUACAAGAGAUGUUAGCUUUGCAUUUUACGAGUGGAAACAGAGCUAUGGUAGAGCGAAGGUUCAAACAAACUUUAAAAAGGUUCUGCC